AUGUCUGAUAGACAGAAGCAUCAUUUUGACCAACAUAUGGCUGCAAUUAAGGCAAUAAAUGUUGAAGCUUUCAAGUAUUUGGAGUCAAUAUCUGCAUGUAAUUGGUCAAGAAAUGCUUUCACUACAAGAUAUAAGUCUGUCAAAAUGAUUGAGAAGGGAAUGAAAAAUAUGUCAAACAUGAGAGUAAACCAGGCUGAUUUGUUUGAAUUUGAAGUUGAUGAUGAUGGUGAUACUUUUGUUGUGAAUCUGCAACAGAAAAGUAGGCUGCAGUAUGAGGAGUUUGUACACCAGGCUUACCAUGUAAGCACAUAUGCAGCCACAUAUGCCCCUAUUUUCAAAGCCAUGCCAGGCUACAAACAAUGGGAAACUCAACCUUACCUUAAACCCCUGCCACCUCCUUAUAGGAAGAUGCUUGGUAGGCUAAGGCACUACAAGUCCAAGUGCCAAAAUGUGACUCAACCACCUCAGGAGAAGAGCAAGGGUGGAAGACCUAGAGCAACACCUCCUGCAUCAGAAGCUCCUCCUGUAACCACUUUGACAACACCAACACCAGCCACUACAUCAACAUUAGUACCAACAAGCACUUCUGCAUCAGGUCCAUCUACAUCAACUACCACCACUACCACUGCUAGAGCUCAUAAAGGAAAAAGAAAGGCAGCCACAACUUCAACAGCAGCAGCACCAUCUAGUUCUGGUGUUUCAACAAGGGCAGCAAAGGCAAGACAGGCAGCUACAACAACUUCAACAGCAAGAAAGACAAAGAAAACCUCCUCCUUGGCUGCUAUAACUGCAAAAAAUGAUGUUGUGAACUCUUCACAAGCUUCAACUACUGCUGUCACCUCUGCUUAG